UAAAUGUUCACUCAGCAUGUCACUGGGCGGUUCCCCUGGAGAAGCACUUACUUUGUGCUAGGGGGACCCCUAGUGGCCAUUAGCGAAAUAAAACUGCUUUCUGGGAAAUUCCUUCAGUUGUCCGUCUUCAAAAUUCCUCCACUGCGCCAACAAGAACCGUAGCACGAAGGUUCCGCUACAUUUUCUGGUGACCCCGACGUGAUUUUUUCCUAUAAGACGGGCCAGGAGAUUUGGAGACGGAUCCCGUUGGCGGGACGGCCUCAACUCAGCGGUGGGGGCCUGAGGCAACUACCGUGAGACGAGAAGGGGCCCCUGAAUACUACACGACCGGCUGCGGUGCUUGCCUCUGAUUGCCAACGCCGACUGACGGUGAGAGCUGCAACAUCAGCGAGGUUCCACAGAAACCGGCUAGGAGGAAAAGGAUCCAGGGGAAAAAGCCCAGGGGCGAAGGUUGGUCCGACGUCUACAGAAAUCUGGCAAGUAUAGGGGUUUGCAUGAGAUAUUAAGGGAACGCCAGCGCUGGGAGGGACAAAAAAAAGUUCCCAGGGAGGUAGAAAGGGGUUCUGUCUUGUGUUUCCUGACGCAUGCCGUGAGUGGCCGGGUGCCCAGGCCAGGACAGUCCCCUCUAUUAGGCAGGAUGGGAGGGAAAAAUUCAAAGAGCUCCACUCCCUUACAAUGCAUCUUAGAUAAUUUUGGCUCUUUUGCUAGCAGAGCCGUAGCAGGGAAUCCAAGGGACCUAAGAGAUUAUAGACUGAGAAAUUUGUGUCAGGGAGAAUGGCCAGAUUUUGGUUUAGGUUGGCAAGUAGAAGGAACGUGGGAUCUGAAACUGAUCCGAACAGUGGAAGAAUAUUGUGCUGUGAAUCAUCCGAACCAGUGGGUCUAUAUUGCUACGUGGGAACGGGUAGUUAGAGAAGAUCCAGGUUGGGUUCGACAGUGCAGGAAUGGCAAAUGUAUGGUGGUGAAGAAGGAGGGGAAAAAGAAGGAAGUUUUCCAAUCCAAUGAGGAGGACUACCCAGAUUUACAGUUGAGUGUACAGGCUAGACAACAGGAAUUAUUGCCGCCACCCUUGCCACCGCCCCCCCCACCCCAGGGAACAGCCCCCACACUAGGAACGAGACCCCCACCCUACUCUUCGGAGUCAACCGAAGCGGCCAAGAAACACUAUCCUAGCCUAGAAAAAUAUCAGGAGGAAACAAAGGAAAAGAAGAAGUCACAACGGAUGCCCAGUGGUGCUUCUCCGGCACAAACUCGGAGACAUGGAGCUCCGGUGUGGUCUGGUGAUUCACCGACCGGACCGGCCCUCCAGAUGCCCUUGAGAACGGUGCCUGUGAUAAACAACAGGAAUGAGAUAGUUCAAGCAUACCAGGUAGUGCCUUUCAGUAGUAGUGACAUUUUGAAUUGGAAAAAUAAUACUCCACCUUAUAGUGAAGAACCCCAAGCUAUGGCUAGGCUAUUGGAAGGGAUUAUGGCAACCCAUAAUCCCACCUGGCAAGAUUGCAGACAAUUGUUGAAUAUGUUGUUCACAUCAGAGGAGAGAAGAGCAGUGUUGAAUAAUGGGGUAGCCAUAGCCCAGGUUGGUGCCCCACAAGAUGGUGAUGCAGCCGAGUGGGGAGCACAGAGGUUUCCUGUGGAAAUAGAUCCCCAAUGGGACACCGCAGAAGAAGGACAUUUGCAGAGACUGAGAGGAUUCCAGCGUAUAUUGGUAGAAGCGGUAAAGAGGGGCCCGCCGCGACCCGUCAACAUUGUAAAAAUUCAGGGAGUGGUACAGGAAAAAUCUGAGUCACCAACAGCCUUUUUGGAAAGGCUGGAGGCAGCAUAUAGAAAGUAUAGCCCGUAUAAUUUGGAGGAUGAAAACGGUAGGAGGGCGAUUCAACAGUCUUUUAUCAGUCAAGCGGCUCCUGACAUCCGGAGAAAGAUUCAAAAGCAACCAGGAUUUCUAGGAAAGACUAUGAAUGAAUUGUUGGCACUCGCAGAUCAAGUUUAUAUGGCGAGGGACCAGGUAGAAGAAGAGAAGAAGGACAGGAAGAAGAAGCAGGAAUACCAAGCAUUAGUUACCAUGAUGGAACAAAGUGCAAGUGGACAGAGAGGAAGAGGAGGAUAUGCCAGAGGGGGACAAGGAGGAAGAAGGGGGCCCCCUCGGAGGUUAGGUCGAGACCAAUGUGCUAAAUGUAAGAAGUUUGGACACUGGAAAGGUGAAUGCCCAGAAGGAAGAGAAGGAAGAGAAGGAAGUCAGGAAGGACCGAGAGAAAGAGGAAGGCCUGAGAGAGGAAGAAACCCAGGAAGGGGAAGAGGGCGUGGGAACUACGUACCUUUUCCUGCAAGAGAGGUGAUAGCUGCAGCAGCUGUGAUGGAAGAAGAAUGGGAAGAUAUGGAUGGAGGAGAGGAAUGAGGAAGCCAG